AUGGAGCAGAAGGCACUGAAGAAACUAGUUGAAUCCAUAAGUAAAACUGUCAAGAGCUUUCAAAAAAGUGAAGUUGAGUGUCUCAUAAGACUUUUUCACAGCUUGGUGAAAAAAGAUGGAAAAGUUGAUAAGAUUGGGUUAGAUCGAAAUACAUUUCAAGGAAUCCUACACAACAUAUUUGGAAUGACUGAUGACAUACUCAUGGAUAGGGUGUUUUUUGCAUUUGACAAAGAUAAUGAUAACCACAUAAAUGCAGAUGAAUGGGUUAAAGGAUUAUCUGUGUUUCUUCGAGGGACUUUUGAAGAAAAGCUUAAGUUCUGUUUUGAAGUUUAUUAUUUGAAUGGUGAUGGCUAUAUUUCUCGAGAGGGAGCAUUUGACAUGUUGAAGAACAGUCUGCACCAACAGUCAUUUGAAGAAAAGACUACUGAUGAAGGAAUCAAGGAACUAGUAGAAAUAACCAUGAAGAAAAUGGAUUAUGACAAUGAUGGCAAGAUAUCUUUUGCAGACUUUGAAAGAGCAGUGAGAGAAGACACACUUUUGUUGGAGGUGUUUGGACCAUGCUUACCAGAAGCACAGGUAUUAAGUGCCUACCAAAUUAGAAUUAAAAUAUAA